CAGUAUGACCGUACUUACAAUAACAAAGCUUGUUGUAACACAACUACGUGGCUGCGAUUAAAACAGCGAAACUUAAAAGCGAAAGUUGAAAGUCAGGUCGACCGUUUACUGACUUUGGAGGAUCGCAGCUGGAGAACCCAUUCGCCAGGAUGUCGCACGCCAUCGACGAACUGCAGGCGAUCAUCGCCGAGCUGAAGACGGAGCUGGAGGACCCGAAGACCACCGGGAGCACCAGCGGUGGUAGUGGGAUCGGGAGCAACAACAGCCGCCUGGUGCGCGAUCGCAUCGAUCGCAUGUCCGCCGAGGUGGUGGACUCCAAUCCCUACAGCCGCCUCAUGGCCCUGCAGCGGAUGAACAUCGUCAAGGACUACGAGCGGAUCCGGGACAAGGCGGUGGCCAUUGUGGGCGUGGGCGGCGUAGGAAGCGUCACCGCCGACAUGCUGACACGCUGUGGCAUCGGCAAACUGAUCCUGUUCGACUACGACAAGGUGGAGCUGGCCAACAUGAACCGGCUGUUCUUCACGCCCGACCAGGCGGGCCUCUCCAAAGUCCAGGCCGCUGCCGCCACGCUGGGCUUCAUCAACCCGGACGUGGAGAUCGAGACGCACAACUACAACAUCACGACGGUGGAGAACUUCGACCGCUUCCUGGACACCAUCUCGCAGGGCGGUCGUGUGGCUGGUCAGCCGGUGGAUCUGGUGCUCAGCUGUGUGGACAACUUCGAGGCCCGCAUGGCCAUCAAUGCGGCCUGCAAUGAGCGGAAUCUCAACUGGUUCGAGUCGGGCGUUUCGGAGAAUGCCGUCUCGGGGCACAUUCAGUUCAUCCGUCCCGGCGACACUGCCUGCUUCGCUUGUGCUCCUCCCUUGGUGGUGGCCGAGAACAUUGACGAGAAGACACUCAAAAGGGAGGGCGUGUGCGCCGCCUCUCUGCCCACCACCAUGGGCAUUACGGCUGGCUUUCUCGUCCAGAAUGCCCUGAAGUAUCUGCUGAAUUUCGGCGAGGUCUCCGACUAUCUGGGCUACAAUGCCCUCAGCGAUUUCUUCCCCAAGAUGACGCUCAAACCGAAUCCACAAUGCGACGACAGGAACUGUUUGGUCAGGCAAAAGGAAUUCCAGGCCAGACCCAAACCCGUGGUGAUAAAGGAGGAGGCGGCCAGCGAGGAGCCGCUGCAUGCCACCAACGAAUGGGGCAUCGAACUGGUGGCCGAGGAUGCACCAGAAAGUAAUCCAACGCCAGCUAAAACCUCUGAGGUUGGCGAAGGUCUGAGACUCGCCUACGAGGCACCUGAAAAAUCUACCGAAAGUCUGGAAGAUGCUGUGCCUGCACCCGAAGACGGAGCGAGUCUAGAAGACCUGAUGGCACAGAUGAAGUCCAUGUGAAAAAUUGAUUCCAUACUCUGUAUUUAUAGAAACUUUUUUGUAAAGCAUUUUUUUUGUAUAAACUUCGUUUUGUUUAUGUGAAAGUUGGCUCGGCCAUUUGUAAUAUCAUUGAAUAUGAAAUACACGCUUUUGUGCGAAUUGCCAACUGACAAGCUGGAACACAAUGAAUAAAUGUUAUUUUUAUAAUAAAUAUAUUUAAGAACAAAUUCUUAAAACUUCUGUGCA